AUGAAGAACAUUUCAACUACAUCUGGCGUGAACAAUUCGGCCUCUUCGAAUACGCUUAACGUUCCUUUCCAGAUCCAAGAUAUUGCAGCCUGCAGCCUCGUUGUGUUUAAAGCCGUCUCAAUUGUCGCUGGAAACUCUCUCCUGAUUAUUCUCUUUGGAUUGAAGAAGAAGCUUCGCAAGAAAAGUUUGUUUCUUAUUGUAAAUAUGGCGAUCGCGGAUGUGUUGUUAGGGGCUGUGACUCUUCCUUUGAAGAUCUACUUACGGAUCUCACGGACGUCAAAUAUUUUUGCCUUCGUGUCUUAUUAUCUUUUCUCGCUGGCCUCGUUAAUUUCUGCAGUUUUUGUAUCCUGUGAGAGGUUUUAUGCCAUUUGCAGGCCGCUGAAGCACCGAACCCUGUCAUCCACGACAUACCGCACUGCUAUUGUCGUUGUAUGGGUACUGGCUGUUCUGUCUUCCACCGCACUAACUUUGCUAGCGAAGUUAAUUUCACUCAAAACGGCUCAAACUGCUGCAUGUUCAUUUCCAGUGAUCUCUCUGUUUGUAGUUUGUGCCUGUAACAUAAAUAUUUUUAGAAAGGGCCAACGUUGGGAUACCUCAUAUGAACAGCACAACAGGUUCUCGCAAAAACAGCGCCUGACAAAAACUCUGCAGAUUGUCUCCACCGUUGCUAUUCUGACCUGGAUUCCUUUGGUCGUUUUUAGAUUGGUUACCGUCCUGAAAGGCACUAUACAAAGGGAAUUUUUGUUUUAUGACAUCGUAUUAAUUUUAAAUGUUUCCAGCUCCGCUUUGAAUCCAUUCAUCUACGCAUUUAGAAUUCCCGAGUUUAGGAAAUCGCUGAGGUUGUGCUGCCUUAAGUCUCGGGCUGGGAUGAAAAGAGGGGGCAGAGAAGGAAAAGAUAUCAUGGCCACCUCUGUGACGCGAGUGCAGAAAACAUUAUCAACUAUUGACUGUUACUCACAAGGGGGAUAUACACUAAAUGUUAUGGAUACAAAAUUGUAA